GUCCCAUUCUCCACUUCACAUCGCGCACUCCCGCACAACUCCGAGGAUGCAGAUCUAACCCUGACGGUGGACCGGACUGCUGGAGCGUUUACUCAUAAGCGACACGUGCAUGGGAGACCAUUUGGAUUGUAAUUUCAAAGAACGGAUCACGGAAAAUUGUUGAACAUUAAGCAAGAAAAACGUGGAAUCAGAAUACAUUUGCAGUCGUGUUCCCAGAACAGCCAACUUUAGGAGGAUAUCAGACCGACCAGAUAGGACUGGCUCGCAACAAACCUGCCUCUCACCACCAUGAUGCAGAGAGUAUUACUCACUGCUUUCUGCCUAGUUCUCCUCCAAAGCGGUGGUGAGACCAAACCCGAUGGACCCAAGAACAAGAAACCAAAACAAGUAGUUCCUGCCAUAGAGUGUGAUGUGCGGGCAGGGAAGAUCAACCUCCCAGAAUUCAUUGUUAAAUGCCCAGCCGACUGUAAACAAACAAAGAGUCAGGUGUACGGAACCGGUGUCUUCGCCUCCAUCUCCAGCAUCUGUAAUGCAGCCAUACAUAGCGGUAUCAUCACUAACGCUGGAGGCAAGGUCAUCGUGAAGAAGAUGCCUGGACAAAGUGUCUACAAGGGUUCCAAUUCUCACGGAGUUCGUUCCCUGUCCCUGCCCAAGUGGAGGGAGUCCUUUGUUGUCUCAGUGGGGAAGCCAAAGAAAGGUGAGAUCUACCCAUCCUCACUGGACUACAUCCCCAGCAGGCCCACCUAUGUCAAGACAGGUCAGAAGGAGGCCAAAGUUCCAGUGGUCACUACUGUCCAGCCGACCACCACUCCAGAGCCCACUACCACGACCACCACCCCAGAGCCCACCACCACCACACCCCCCACCACCACCACCACACCCCCCACCACCACCCCCAGGCCCCGAGCUGCUGUCCACAAAGUCAGGGACGCAGGCAGCAGUCAUCCAUACUUUGCAUCUGUAGCAGCAGCCUCCAGUAAAAGGCAGUCACAGACUAGUCAAGGAAAGGUUCCAAUCCCAGCUUUCCGAGGCGGAACAUAUGCCAGUAGGCUUCCAUCCCGGGUCAACACAGGUUCUCGCAGGCCAGAGGCAGCCGGAUCACCUACCAUCAGGAGACAACCAGCGCCCGGCUCACCCUCCGGAACAGCUUUUAACAGGGUGGUUCAACCAGUCCCAGUGGAGAAGAACCGGCAGCAGUCACCACAGCACAACCCAACUGUGGCCCGUAGGGAUUGGCCAACCGCUUCCUUUGCACGACCUGAUUGGUCACCUGGAGCAAGGCGACCAACAGACGCCAGUCAAGCUGCUCCAGAUUCUGGCUACACAUGGAGUGAGGCAGAGGCUGCGCCAGAGAUCGCAGCCCGCGACCCCAGGCCUGAUAUCUCCGAGUAUGAACGCUGGUUUCAUAACUUUGGGCAGUACCCACCAUCCCGGUCCACGGACCCAGAGCGUAUGUUACCGCUAGACACUCCCACUAGAGUGGAGACGGUGGAUGCCUGGAAACCAGAGGUGAACGCUUAUGAUUCAGGCUUAAGUGUCCGAGAGCAAGACUCUUUACCUAGAGCGGUCCCAGAGCCUUUGUCCCAGGGAGAUCCACACUGUAAGGUGGACAUAGCGUGGUUGAUGGAUGGUAGUUGGAGCAUUGGGAAACGUCGCUUUAAGAUCCAGAAGGACUUCUUGGCUGAGGUGGCACAGGUCAUCAACGUGGGCGUGGCUGGACCCAUGAUGGGUGUCAUCCAAUAUGGAGAUGAUCCAGUAACAGAGUUCAGUCUGAAGGCCUAUUCUAACUCCAAAGACCUGAAGCCUGCUGUAGACAAAAUCACACAGAAGGGGGGGAUGUCCAAUGUUGGAAAGGCCCUCUCCUACAUCAACAAGCACUACUUCAGUGACGCCAACGGCAACCGUGGCGGCGCUCCUAACGUUGCCGUGGUGCUUGUGGACGGGUGGCCCACUGACAAGGUGGAGGAGGCAUCCCGCCAGGCCAGGGAGUCCGGUAUCAACAUCUUCUUUGUCACCAUCGAGGGGCCUGACGACAACGAGAAACAGAACGUGGUAGAGCCCAACUUCGUGGACAAGGCUGUGUGCCGGACCAACGGUUUCUUCUCCCUGCCCGUGUCCAGCUGGUUCGGCCUGCGGAAGGCGGUCCAGCCCCUGGUGAAGCGUGUGUGCGACACAGACCGUCUGGUGUGCAGUAAGACCUGCCUCAACGCCAACGACAUUGCCUUCGUCAUCGACGGCUCCAGCUCCGUAGGCACCGGAAACUUCCGGACCGUCCUGCAGUUUGUGGCCAACAUCACCCGGGAGUUUGAGAUCUCUGACACGGACACGCGUGUGGGCGCUGUGCAGUACACCUAUGAACAACGCCUGGAGUUCGCCUUCGGGGAGCACAACAAUAAGGCAGACCUUCUCAACGCUAUAAAGAGGAUCAACUACUGGAGCGGAGGGACGAGUACUGGGGCAGCCAUAACGUACGCCGCAGAGCAGCUGUUCAGCAAGUCCAAGCCCAACAAACGCAAGAUCAUGAUCGUUAUCACGGAUGGGAGGAGCUAUGAUGAUGUCAGAGUUCCCGCGCUGGCAGUCCACCGCCAAGGUGUCAUAGCUUACUCUAUCGGUAUUGCCUGGGCUGCGCAGGACGAGCUGGAGUACAUCGCCACCGACCCAGAUAAGGAGCACUCCUUCUUCGUUGAUGAGUUUGACAGCCUCUAUAAGUUUGUCCCAAAGGUUGUCAACAAUAUCUGCCAAGAGUUCAACUCCCAACCCCGGAAUUGAGCCGGGCAACAUAGACUUCACCUCAUAUAGGGACACAGCAAACCGAGACCAGGUGUGUCAAACUCAAGUCCUAGAGGAUUGUGGUUGGUUUUUGGUAUUUUCCCUCAAUUUGUGUCCAAUUAACAACACAACAACCAGGUGAGGGAUGUUCCCAACUAAUUAAUUAAGUGCAAGAAAGGAAAACACCUCCAAUGACUCUGCCCUCGAGGACUGGAGUUUGACACAUGCCUUAAGACAUCCAUUCAACCCCCUGACAUCCGUGAUUUGGUUGGAUUGGUGAGUGUGGUAGUGUGAUACACCAAUCCAAACUAUUAUAUAUUCCUUCUUACAUACAGGUACCCCAAGGUUACAAAGGAGGACACGUUUGUUAAGUAUUAAAACCUUAGGCUGGGGAAGGGGGCGGGGUUAAGGUAGAGGAGCGUGUAAAGUAUUAAUACCUUCGGAGGCUGGGGAAGGGGGCGGGGUUAAGAUAGUGGAGUGUGUAACAUAAUACCUUCGGAGGCUGGGGAAGGGGGCGGGGUUAAGAUAGAGGAGUAUGCAUCUGAGUCUUUAUGAAACGUAUUAUCGCUAAGUUACCCAAUAAAGAAUUGCACAGAAGUUAACAGAUUUAUUAUAAUAGAUUGACGCUUCCCAAUGUAUGGUAUUGGCGUGAAGCAAAAGACAAUUGGUAUCAGAACAUGAAUCCAGAACUAUGAAACCAUUGAGUGAUUUGACCAUUUGGUCACGAGAUGCUAAUCAUGUAAGAUAACUGAUCAAAAUGUAAAACUACAGUGUGGAGAAAUGGUGCUUAUCAGGGUUGGGGACAUUUCAAAUUUAAUACCGUCAGUUUACGAAAUAAACUGAAAUGUAAUAAAUAAAUCUCAAAGACUUUUCAACAAGCCAAAAAUAAACUAUCAAUCAACUUUUUUCCAAAUAACAGUCAGAUUGGUUAGCAAUUACUUUUCUGGCAUUACACAGAAUCUUUAUGGGGACAUGGUGCUUUACAAAUGAAAAUAGCUUUUGGGGACAUACUGUAAUGCUUACAAAAACAGACUUAUUGGGACAUGGUUCUUAUAGAGAAACAUAGCCUUAUGGCACAUGGUUCUUAUAGAGAAACAUAUCCUUAUGGGACAUGGUUCUUAUAGAGAAACAUAUCCUUAUGGCACAUGGUUCUUAUAGAGAAACAUAUCCUUAUGGGACAUGGUUCUUACAGAGAAACAUAUCCUUAUGGGACAUGGUUCUUAUAGAGAAACAUAUCCUUAUGGGACAUGGUUCUUAUAGAGAAACAUAUCCUUAUGGGACAUGGUUCUUAUAGAGAAACAUAGCCUUAUGGGACAUGGUUCUUAUAGAGAAACAUAGCCUUAUGGGACAUGGUUCUUAUAGAGAAACAUAGCCUUAUGGGGACAUUAUGUUUACAGAGACACAUAACCAAUGGGAAUAUGGUGCUUACAGAAAAACAUAUCCUUUACAGGACAUGGUGCUUGCAGAGAAAUAUUGUUUUAUGGGGACCUGGUGCUUACAGAGAAACCUAGCUCUGCAGAAACACAAAGUGGUGCUUUGUCUUCAGUAGGGGAGAGUUAAAACAGUUAUCAGUAAAGGAGAUCUGAUCUCAGACUAUCCAUGCCUAUAUAUAUAUAUAUAUAUAUAUAUAGUAUGUUGAAUUCAGCUAUAUUAUGGUAUUUUCAUCAGUGUGUGUAAUGUAUGGGGCUAUAUCAAGCGCAUUUGAGGGAUGUUUUGCAAGUGUUAUCCUUCAAUAUCUGUUGUUGUGCCGAGAUUGACUAUUUAUGUUGGUUUCUUUUGGUCAAAGUCGGAUGGGAUAUUAUUGAUUGACAAUCAAUUGUGGAAGAAGCCAUAUAACAAGGGGCCAUGCUUUGCAUUUUCAAGAUUAAUUUAGAGAAACUAUUGCUGUUAUGAACGUGAUGGAACACCAUUAGCCUUCCACAUACAGAAACAUAAUACUUAGCCGCCAAGCUGUCACUAAAUGGAUGAAAACAGCCUGCUUUGUUGUAAUCCUAAAAACAGUUCUCUAUAUAUGGCUAAUAUGUAUUGCAGUUUAAGUGAACUUUAAGAAGAAGUUAUGCUUUUUCUAUAUCAGCUUUGAGACGUAAAUAGAUUUAACUUUAAGACCAACUUAUCACUAAACGCAUUCCUCACAAACCAACCCAGGGUCAUAUUCAUUAGAGUGCACUGUAGCAAAACUUCUUCCAACAAAACAGUGUAUUUUUGUAUUGGACAAAUCCAGGAAGUUCUGUCCAUCCCUCUUCAGUUUUAUGACUAAUGAACAUGGCCCUGCUUUCCUCCUCUAUUUAGUGGUGACAUCUUCACAUGGAUAUUCUUUGGUUUUAUUCAAAGAUAGUAUUUAAAAUCUUAGUAUUUUUUUGUCCAGUUUAUUUGUACAUAUGCAUAUUACAAAACACCUUUCGCUUGUAAUUUUCAAAUACAUAUUGGAUCAAUAUUUUAAUGCAAUUUUUAAUAAAAUGAUAAUGAAAAAAUUUGAUUUCAGAUGUUUUUCUGUACAGGCUAGGAUUCACUGAAACCUAUCAUUACAAUGUCUUCCUUAACGAUGUCUUUCACAAAAAAUGUAAAAAUGGGAGAGCAUACCUGUGGGUGGGGGGGUUCUGGGUUUCAAUUGCAGUUACUAUAGGUUACCCAGGACGGAAGUUCACACUUUGUGUGUUAGACAAAAUGAAACCCAGAGAUGAAUGUGAAGUGUUCAGCUCCCGCCCACACAGUAGCUCACCCCAGACAUCAGACGCAUUUUAUAAUGCUCUUUGUGAAAAUGGCCCAUGCUGAAAGUGCUGAAUCCAGACACCCAGCCUAAAACCACAAUGUGGGGGUCCAUAAUGUGGACGUCAGGUCAGGACUACAGUACAGGGUCACUAACAGCUGAGAGGCCAAAGUGGUUUAAUCCUGAAGUCUUUCACCAUUUCAAAGUUCUCCUUGGAGUGGGAAUUAUGGGUAAGGGAGUAAUCACGGAAUUCCAUGAUGAGUCUGCCGCUAAAUUACACGGUACUCUGAAUAAAAAAAAGAUAUACAGCAGGUGGCAGUAAAUCACCAACCUCACAUACCGGCUCAGACUCCCCGGAGGAGGAGUGUCGGCAGCGGUUUAGUUACUGCACCAAACGGCAACAUGGCAUUCCCAUAGAAAAAACAUGUUAGUUCUCUACAAUGAA